UCUGAAGUCAUGACACUUCAUGAGGUUGUUUUAUGUGUGGUGGUUCCUUGAAGCCAGCAGUCUACCAGCCAUGUUUGUUUUAUUGUCACAGAUACGGCAAACAAACCUCCGCAAACCACUUCCCAGAAAGCAUGGGUCCCAUAUGGCUGGACGAUGUCACCUGCUCCGGAAAGGAAACCAGUUUCCUCGACUGUUCCAGGAAGCCCUGGGGGCGGCAUGACUGUGGCCAUCGCAAGGACGUUGGAGUCGCCUGCUACCCUGGCAGCGAGGGACACAGACUUUCUCUGGGUUUUCCUCUCCGACUGGUGUAUGGAGAAAACAAGAAGGAGGGAUGCAUGGAGGUUUUUAUCCAUGGCCAGUGGGGAACCAUCUGCGACGAUGGAUGGAGUGACAAGGACGCAGCUGUGGUCUGUCGGCAGCUUGGCUUUAAGGGCCCCGCCAGAGCACGAGGCGUGGCUUACUUUGGGGAAGGAGCAGGACCCAUCCACGUGGACAACGUGAAGUGCACAGGACAUGAGAGGUCCUUGGCUGACUGCAUCAAGCAGGACAUCGGAAGACACAACUGCCGCCACAGCGAGGAUGCGGGCGUUAUUUGCGAUUAUUCUGGCAAGAAAGCGUCAGGUAACAGUAAGAAAGGUGAGCCGCCUUCUGGGGCCCUAAGCAAGCCACGGGAUGCUGACCCCCACCUCGUUACUCCAAGGAGGGCUUUGGUGACGUAAGUCCCGUGCAGCAAGAACGUAUGCAGUCAGUGCCUGCUCCUGGUGGUAGUAUUUAGAGCAGUGGUUCUUGGCAAACUUGCCCAGGUGGGGCUUGCAGAGAGAGCAUGCUCAGGGCUAGGAGCGGAUUUCCAGAAACUGUGAUCCCUGGGAUCACCCCCUUUGUACAUUCUUAACGGUUCCUAUAUUCCCUUCUUUGGAUGAAAUAAAGCUGUCCUUGAAGAUCCAGAAUUGAUAUUUCCGUCUUAAAAAGGAAAGCAAUGGAAAUAGAGAGAUGAAUCCAACAAAGGCACUUCUUCACUCUUAUUUUAUUCUGUUAUAUUUUUUUUUUAUUUUAUUUUUUGAGACAGGGUCUCUCUCUCUGUCACCCAAGCCGGAGUGCAGUGCUGUGAUCACAGCUCACUGCAACCUCCAAGUUCUGGGCUUACACGAUCCUUCCACGUGAAUCUCUCAAAGUCACUGGGACUACAGGUGUGCACCACCACGCCCUACUAAUUUUUUUAAAAUAAUUUUUUGUAGGAUAAGGUCUUGCUACAUUUGCUGAAAAGAACAGUCAUCUCUUUGUCUGCAUUGAAAGUUCAUAUUUUUGUGCCAUUGGCUUUUGUUAAGAUCAGGUACAUCUAAGUAUUUGAGUAUUAUUCUUUUCUAAAACCUUUUAAUAACUGCCAAAGACAGUGCAAUAAAUGAAUGCAAUAAAUGAAUUGGAUGUUGGUUUUUUUUUUACGUUUAAAAACAUUUUUUUCUUUUAAGCAUUUUAGAGCAUUCUGGAUGUUGUUAAUAUGAUUCUUCACUAUCUGAGGAGCUUUUGAGUGUAGACAGAACAUUGACAACUCCUUGUGCUUUAUUUUUUUACAUAUACAUAUACAUACACAUAGGAAUUGGUAAGACAGUUUUCUCUACAUUCUGAUUAUUAAGUUCCCUUCAAUAAUUUAAACUACACUUACAAAUUGAAUAUAACUGAUUCUUUGGAUUAUGUCAAAUCCCUGAAGUAGUUAUAAAAUAUAAAAAUUCAAUAACUGUGAAAUAUUUUACUACACUUCUAUGUAAACCUAUUCUAAAAGAUGAGCUACCGUAGGUUUGUUUCUUCAUUGUUUAUGUGUUUGUUUUUAUGCCUUUCUGGAGUUGUGGCAAUACUUAUUUUGACUCCUUUCCAUGGUUAUAACAAUGUUGCCAGACCUCAAGUAAAAAGAUUUCCUGCUACACUAGCUAGAUUACAGAAACUGGCUCAGGAACCGAUUGAUUUGAUAUUCACACUCUUGACUGGUGACUUCUAUAAGGUGAUUCAAACUCAAGUCAUUGGUCAUUGGUCAUCUGAUGGGGUCCUUUUAUAAAUGAACUUCAUUUUGCUUUUUAUUUAUUUUUUAUAACAGUUUGUGGGUUUAAAUACAUUUUAUUCUCUUGCAAUCUGGUGCUUUGUCUCAGAGUGAUGUCAACUUCAGGUUUUGCUUGCUCACUGUUACAUCAUUCCUUUUCUUGGCAUCAUAUACAUUUAGCCAACUUGGAGCACUAUUGGAAACUUAUGUUUUUUUUCUAAUAUCCUAUAAUAUGCAGUGUCAUCUAGAGGACUCAUAUUCUAAGAGCUGAAGUUACAAUUUGACAGCAUGCCUCUGAGAUCAUUUGGCAAAUUAGUCAUCUUGGCACACAUUGUCGGACCUCUUUCUCCAUCAAGAAAUAACGACUGCUAAUUCCCCACUGGGCUCUCCUCUACCUGAGUAUCAUGGGAGACCAUUAGUCCCCAUGAGGUCUCGUGUUCUUGGCAAGAUGCCCACCCUUCUGUCCUUACGCAAAUGGAAAGACAGCGCGUAUCUGUGCCUGAUCCACACGUACUUAACCAAAGAAGCAAAGUACCUCUAUAUACAUUCUCUUGCUUUCUAAAAUUAUUUUAAAAAUUGGUCAUAUCUGUUAGAUUUGCCCUUCUUUUUUACACCACCUUGCAUGUCAUUUUCAUUGAACUCUUUUUUGUAUGUUCCUGACAGAAGUCUGUUACCUGGGGAAGUUUGACUGUAUUACCCAUCAAUACAGUUGACCACUUAAAUUGGCUUAGCAAACCCUUUUCAUACGUUAAUACCCCGAGUAAACGUAAAUUCAGAUCGGAAUUCUAGCCUGGGAAUGUUUGCUCCUUUGAGUUACAUAUUCAUCUGUGGCUUGGAACAGUGGUGUAUUUGGAAAGUGAGUCAUUUAGACCCUUACUGCCUUUGCCAUUCUCUUAUUUUGUUUGACAUUCCUGAACUCCGGGACAGCUUCUAUAGUUGGCAGCAGGACACGACCAGGACAAGGCACUAGACGGGGUCACACGACUCAGAAGCCCUAAAACCCCUUGGAGCUAAAACCUCAUAAAAUUUCCCAUGUGUUUGCAACUUGCUACCAUUUGGUCGAAUGAGGACACUUUUUAUCUUCAUUAUAGGAAAAGUUAUCCUACAAUUUGCAGAGAAAGGGAUUUUGACAUAGAGGAGGAAGCAUCAGGGGAGUACAACACUUAUUGUGCCUUUACCCCUCCAUCAGCAGCGAGGGUCUAACUCCUGACCUUCCUCCUUCAGGGCCCCUGGCGUCUGUCUGUGGGCUGAUGUUACUGCACCGUCGGCAGAAGCGGAUCAUUGGUGGGAAAAAUUCCUUAAAGUAAAAGGUUCUUUGAAGCAGAUUUUCCAUAUUAAAGAAUUAUUUAUAUACAUACAGCGUUACAAACUAGGCAUGUUCUAUUAUUAUAGAAGGGAUUUGUUUCAUUCAUUUUAUUUUCUAAACUAAAUACAGACUGCGCUGAUAAUCACA